GGUGUAUAGUUUCAUUUUAUUAUAUUGGUACCAUGUGAAGAUUGACAAUUUGGAGUAUACCGAAUAUACCGUAGCGAUUCUACUAGGUUAUGCCGCCUUAUGAAUCAGUAUCAAUUUUGAAACAAAUUUUUAAGUGAAAAAAUGGCUCUAACAAAUAUUUCAGGAAUUCCUGAUAAACAUUGGCAACCGCCUUUCAUAUCUUUAGAGACUACGAUGGGUGAAAUUACGAUUGAGCUUUAUUGGAAGCAUGCUCCAAUUACGUGCAGAAACUUUGCUGAACUUGUGAGACGCGGUUAUUACAAUGGUACCAAGUUCCAUAGGAUUAUACGUGACUUUAUGAUUCAAGGUGGUGAUCCUACGGGUACAGGAAAAGGUGGUAUGUCUAUUUAUGGAGAAUGCUUCGAUGAUGAGAUUCAUGACGACUUAAAACACACUGGUGCUGGCAUACUGUCAAUGGCAAAUUCUGGACCAGACACUAAUGGAUCUCAAUUUUUCAUUACACUUGCUCCAACUCAGUGGCUUGAUGGAAAACAUUCUAUUUUUGGUCGAAUACAUUCAGGAAUGGCAAUAGUCAAGAGGAUAGGUCUAGUGGAGACUGAUAAAAAUGAUCGCCCUAUUGACGAUGUUAAAAUAGUCAAAGGUUCAGUGAGAAACGCGUAAUAAUCGAAAAAUAAUGUAAUUUUUAAGAAUAAAAUUAAUUUCUUUAUAUAAUA